GUUUCAAAACAAAAUCAAAGAGAAAGAAGAAGAGGAUGGGAAGCUGUUUGAGCAAAGCCAUGCAUUCUAAUACUACGGAGGCUGAUAAUCUUGAGGAAGAGACCAAGAAGAUGACAACGCCUGUAAGCAUUGCAACAAACUGGAGAGAACUUAGUGGUGAAAAUUAUUGGAAGGAUUUGCUAGACCCACUUGACAUUAAUCUUCGUAGGUACAUUAUACACUACGGAGAAAUGGUUCAAGCCAUUUAUGAUGCUUUUAACGAUGAUAAACCAUCCAAGUAUGUCGGAAGGAGCCGUUAUGGGAAAAGACAUUUCUUUUCCAAAGUGGGUUUGGACAAAGGAAAUCCUUUUAAGUACGAGGUGACAAAGUUCCUAUAUGCAACUUCAGAAAUUGAUUUUCUUAUAUUAGACGAUGUCGAAGAAACAAACUGGAUUGGAUACGUUGCUGUGGCCACUGACGAAGGCAAAGCCAUGCUAGGUAGGAGAGACAUUGUAAUUGCUUGGAGAGGAACUUUGCAGAUGGCAGAAUGGGUUAAAGAUUUUCAAUUCCUAUUGCAUGAUGCUCCAAUUAUUUUUGGGUCGGAAUCUGAUUGUAAAGUACACAGAGGCUUCUACUCCAUUUACACAGCCACCAACUCAUCACAUUCAGCCUUCAUUAAUGCCAGUGCAAGAACCCAGGUUUUAGCUGAAAUUAGAAGGCUUGUGGAUAAAUUUAAGGAUGAACAAAUCAGCAUAACAGUGACCGGCCACAGCUUAGGUGCAGCAAUUGCAACAUUAAAUGCAGUUGACAUAGUCGCUAAUGGCUUUAACAUUCGAAAAGACGAAUCUCAUAAAGCUUGUCCUGUCACAGCAUUUGUAUUUGCAAGCCCUAGAGUUGGAGAUCCAGACUUUCAAAAGUUCUCCUCUAGUCAAAAGGAUCUUCGAAUGUUACGUAUUGCUAAUGAAAAAGAUAUUAUUCCAAGGCAUCCUUUCUUGGGUUAUGCAGACGUUGGAGAAGAGUUAGAGAUUGACACUCAAAAAUCAGACUUCUUAAAGCAACCAGGGGAUGUGAAGAGUUGGCAUAAUUUGGAGGUUUACUUGCAUGGAGUUGCAGGAACACAAGGAAGCAAAGGAGGAUUCAACUUAGAAGUUAAAAGGGAUGUUGCACUUGUGAAUAAGAGCCUGGAUGCUUUGAAGGACGAGUAUCAGAUUCCUGAGGCUUGGAGGGUGGUUGAAAACAAAGGAUUGAUUCAACAAUCAGAUGGUACUUGGUUCAUGCCAGAUCCAGAAUUUGAAGAUGAUGUUUGACUCUUCUACUUUCUUCUAGUUGUGCUAUUACUUUGAUUCUUUUUAUCAUUUAAAAUGUUUGUGUGAAAAUAAGACU